AUGUCUAUUACUGAGUCGGUCAAAAGCGCUGUGGGCCUUGCGGAGACCUCCGCCACCCGCCAGGAGAUGUCCGAGGCCCGCCUCCCCAUUCAAUACCGCGACUCAUGUGCACACCUUUUGAUUCCUCUGAACCGGUGCCGGCAAGCAGAGUACUACCUUCCGUGGAAGUGUGAGAACGAGCGUCAUACCUACGAGAAGUGCCAGUACGACGAGUUCAAGAAGCGCGUGGCCAAGAUGGACGAGCUGCGCGCUGCCAAGGAUGGUGCCCGCAGCAACUGA